UUUUCUCAAGCCUUGGUCAAGAAGGAAAGGAAUUCGAAGGAGAUAUGAAGAAGCUAUAAAGAGCUGAAGAACAGAAAACGCUUGCAGUUCAACAUGGAUUCUCCUUUCUCUGAUCAGAGUGGCAUCUCAAGAGGAAGAGAUGCUCCGCCAAGUCAUUACUUACUUAAAAUCAAGUCCUUCUCCAUGCUAUCAGAAGCCUCCAUACUUGAAUACACCUCGGACAAGUUUGAAUCGGGGGGCUACCAAUGGAAACUGUCUCUCUACCCAAAUGGAGACAAGUUCCGAGACGGGAGAGAUCAUAUCUCUAUUUACCUGGCAUUGGCUGAAAUGAAUUCUUUACAUUCAGGCUGGGAAAUCAAUGUGGUUUUCAACUUCUUUAUACUCAAUCAGCUGCAGAAUAAGUAUUUUAUUAUCCAGGAGUGGAGAGAAAGGCGUUUCCAUGCAAUGAAGACUGAAUGGGGCAUCGCCAAAUUCAUAGACCUGGAAACGUUUUGCAAUCCUCUAAAUGGAUUUCUUAUCGAAGACACUUGUGUCUUUGGUGCUGAGGUUUUUGUUGUCAAAAGUACCUUCAAAGGGGAGUGCUUAUCAAUGAUAAAGCAACCUACAACUUGUUACUAUUCUUGGAAGCUUAAUAAUUUUUCAUUUUUAGCUGAUCAACGUUACAAUUCUGAAUCAUUUGGAGACUAUAAUUGGAAUAUCAUUCUCUAUCCUAAAGGAAAUGGAGAGUUUAGGGGCAGCAACAUUUCAAUUUAUCUAACUCAUGCUCGUUUCUACGCUCUUCCUGAUAAAUUCUUCUUGAAAUUCAUUCUUCGUGUCAAAGACCAAAUCAAUGGAGAGGACUUAUCAUAUCAAACUGAACAUUUGUUUUCUCCUUCGCAACCUGACUGGGGUUAUGCAACAUUCAUGUCCUUGGCUAAAUUGAAGGAUCCCAAAAUGGGUUACUUGGUGGAUGACAGUCUCAUCAUUGAGGCAGAAGUUACAUUACUUGGUCUCAUAAAACCGUCUUAAUACUUUUGUUAACCAUGUUGCAAUGCUUGCAGAAACACUUUUACACACACACACACACACACACACACACACACAUAUAUAUAUAUAUAUACUGCAAAUGUUGUAAUUUAAAAAUCAUGGAUAUAUGCUACCUCAAUUGAGAAUUUUUCUUUUUUGUUUUCCUAAUUUACUGCUUGUUGGAUAUGGUGACUCAGAUGUUAUAUAUUGCAAUGCUUUCUAGACU